AUGGUGGAGGAGUGCAAGACUGACAAUCGGAUUCGGGAUCAGAAGAGGAGAGUGUUGUCCUUGUUGGCUCUUGUCAAAGGGGCACCAAAAAAUGCAGAGGUGAAGCAGUUUCCCGGGUUUGAUGGCCAACUUCCUUCAAAACACUAUGCUGGGUACAUAACUGUGGAUAACGAGGCUUAUGAAAGACACCUAUAUUAUUAUUUUGCUAUCUCAGAAAGAAAUCCUUCAAAAGAUCCACUUACAAUAUGGAUAAACGGUGGUCCUGGUUGUGCAGGAAUAGGUGCGCUUGUACAAUUAGUUGGUCCAUUCAAGAUAGAGUAUAAUCAGUACCAUAUCAAAGGACCAGCAAAACUCAAACAAAAUCCUUUUUCAUGGACUAAGGUAUCCAGUGUUCUUUUCAUGGAUUCUCCGGUAGGAGUUGGAUAUUCUUAUGCUGACACUAGUGAAGGCUAUGUUACAAAUGAUUCCGAUACAAUUUCAGAUUUGUAUGAAUUUGUUAUAAAGUGGUUUUCUGAAUACCCUGAGUUCCUUCCAAAUCCUUUAUAUUUGGCUGCAUGCUCCUAUAGUGGUGUAAUAGUACCGGUACUAGCACAGAAGAUGGGCUACUUGUUAGGUAAUGCAGCUAUUGACAUAGAUGUGGAAAACAAUGCUAUGGUACCUUAUGCAUAUCGGUUGGGACUCAUUUCAGAUGAAUUAUACACGGAUCUGGUUGAUUCUUGUAAUGGAAAGUAUUGGAACAAUAGCAACCCUGAUUGCCAGAAGAACUUGGAGAUAUUUCAGAUGCAUAUCGAAGGUAUGAAUAAAGAGCAUAUUCUUUUCCUACCCUGCCAUUUUCACAUGGGACUCAGCCUGGAAGACAGUCCAUAUGAAAAUAUCAGGAUGUAUGAGAAUCUGGAAGGCAAAACUGAAUAUAGCAUAUAUUGCCAUGUCUAUGAACUGAUUCCAGAAAGAUUGUUUGACGCUGAAAACUCAAGGCAAGCUUUGCAUGCAAUGCCGGUAUGA